CGUUCGUCAACAUGGCGGACGAUGCGGGUGAUGCGAGCGAUCUUAGCAGUUUAAAUGAGCAUUUUGACAAAGGUUUCAGAGAAUUUUCAAUUAUCGAAAAGUCUUCGGAGAGUGCGAACAACAAGACCUAUCAGGACCAAGUAACCGAGGCCACAAAACACCUGGAGUGUGCCACGCAUCUGGUGAAUCAGUGCAGCCUCUUCAGCGGCAAUGAAGAAAUCGACGAAGUGGCAACGGCUCAUCUCAAGUUUCUGUUGCUCCCGGCAUUGCUGGGAUCCCUGAGCCAAAAGCGAGUUGGUGGCGACCGCUCCGAAAUCCUGCGGCUGUCGGAGGUGUACUUCCGAGACUUCCUGCACCGUUGUCGGCAGUAUGGCCUCACCAGCCAUGAAACGGCGGAGGCCAAGGAAGACGACGGCACGGGCGACGACGCCAGCACGAAGACAAGGAACUCCGGGAAGGAGAGCACGGAGAACCUUUUGGCCGCUUGCAGGAGACGUCAAGAAAAGAUCCAGCGUUUCGAACAGCAGAAGGCCAUGGAGGAAAGGCAGACGCAGCUCAGGGAAUUGCUCCAGAACCCCAACGUGGACGACGAGCUAGUGCGGGAGUACUACCUUGUGCUUCUCAGGUACUGGGUCAACAAUGCCAUUGAGGAGCUACGCAGCAUUGAAGAGGAGAAGCCUAUUUUGCAGUACAUGGCCCAGAUGAAGGCGGAGGGAGCCCAGUCCCGGCGGGCCCCAGUGCCACAGAAGUCGCAGCCCCUGCGACCCAUCAUCAUCACCAAGAACGAGCUGCAGAAGCAGGUGUACGGGGUGGGCUACCCCAGCAUCCCCAGCAUGACCGUGGACGAGUUCUACGCCAAGCGCUACCCAGAGCACGCCCAGCAGGAAGAGGCAGGCAACGCCGUCAAACCCUGGAGCCUGCAGGACUGGGCUGCCGACCCUGAGAAGGCGUCGAGGGAGCUGGAGGAGGAGGACACUCAGAAGGAGAAACUGCUGGAAGAGGACGACAAGGACGCCCUGACCUACCUGCGCUCCAUGGACGACUGGAAGGACGAAAACAAGAGAGGCAGUGGAAACAGGAAGAACAUGGGCUAAAACAACGGUUCCAGCCACGGCCACCCUGUCAAGGAGGAAUGUGGUGAAGCCGAGCUAGAGAGACUUUUGUAAUGUGCAUAAAUAGACGUAUGACAUGUGCUGCUGAUUGAAAACAAAUUUUGUAUCUUGUUCCCUGAUGGCCGAGGGAACAGACCUUGUAGGUCUGGUUAUAUGUCGAGCAACCAUUGCAGUUUCACCAACGAUCGGCAUCUUUCUCUGUCUUUCGCAC